AUGGCGGAAGUCAUCGGUACCGCAUCUGCUGUCGCAACCUUUGUGACUCUGGCUCUUGAAACUUCUAUAAACCUCUACCAGACAAUUCAGAGCCUUCAAUCGCGGGAAAAGGUGAUCCGUGAGCUCCGCCAGGAAUUAGAAGCUCUUCAAGGAGUACUUCGAGCUUUGGAGGAGUCGAUCAGUAACCUUGAUGUUGAUCUAGCGUCGCUUGAACAACCGCUCACGAGGUGCAAAAAUGCCUGCGAGGAUUUCAAUAUUCUUAUAAUGAGAUGUACCUCACAUUCCACCCAACAGCGGAGUAGCAGAAGAGACUGGCUCAAGCUGAGAUAUAUGGGAGACGAUAUUUCGGGGUUCAAGAACAUGUUGGCGGGAUAUAAAUCAACUAUCUCAAUCGCGCUCGCAUAUGCAAAUUUGAGUUCAACGAAGGUUACGAAGGCUGUUCUUGAGGAAUUUAAAGACCUCAUAGAGAACACCAAAUGUGAUCUAGAAAGUCACUUGAACGAUAUUCGAACACGGCUACAGACAGCAAAUACUAAAGGUCCUGUGGUUGCUGGUAUUGAGGCAGCCGAGCUUCGAAUAAUGGAGGAUGAGAAAAACAGCACACAAAAGAGCUUAGAGAUUUGUGAGCAGUUUCUUAUACUUAUAGACCAGUCGCGACCUGAUCUAUUGGGGAAUGUCACAGAAUUCUCGAAGCCUUUCGAACUUGUGCCUUCAUCCGUGGCUCCUAAUUUGUCAUCGUUGAUCAAUGCAGAAGGGCUCAAUUCUGCACAUAAGGAGCUCACAAGCUGGAAACUACGACUGCUCCAUCAUCUGUAUGGAAUUGAUCGAAACAUUCAGGGACAACGGCGCUACCUCACUUCGUCGGAUAAUGAGCAGGCGCCUGAGGAACAAGGCUUUAGGGAAGAAUUAAGCGGCACUGAAGCACUGUUAGCUUUCUGCAAGCAAGCGGAAGAAGAAGCGAAUCGCCCACGAACUCACUAUUUUGAGGAUGUCACUACAGGCGAUAACAGCCGUCAAGCCCUUGUCACCACCCUCGAAGACCUCAUUUCUGCCAAGCGCAUAAAGGCUGGUGAUAACUCAUAUCAGGCGCUUGGCAAUAUGUCGGACGACAGUAUACAGUCGUUCUUCCGUCGCCCCGGGCCUAGUGAUAGCUCGGCCAACCAAGAAAAGCAGAAAGGGAAUAAUCCGAAACGUUAG